UCCCUUUCAUUCAAAUUCAUUCCCUAACAAUGGGUCUUUGGGAUUCCCUUCUCAAUUGGCUUCGCAGCUUGUUUUUUAAACAGGAGAUGGAGCUUUCCCUUGUAGGCCUUCAGAAUGCAGGGAAGACUUCUCUUGUUAAUUCAAUUGCUACUGGGGGCUAUAGUGAGGACAUGAUUCCAACUGUUGGGUUCAACAUGAGGAAAGUCACCAAGGGGAAUGUAACUAUAAAGCUUUGGGACCUUGGUGGCCAGAGGAGGUUCAGAACAAUGUGGGAGCGUUACUGUCGCGGCGUCUCAGCUAUAGUGUAUGUUGUAGAUGCUGCUGACAGAGACAGUGUUCCUAUAUCUCGAAGCGAGUUGCAUGAACUCUUGACGAAACCUUCUCUAGGUGGAAUUCCUUUGCUUGUUCUUGGAAAUAAAAUUGACAAGUCAGAAGCACUCUCCAAGCAAGCAUUGGUAGAUCAGCUAGAACUUGAGUCAAUUAAAGACAGAGAGGUAUGCUGCUAUAUGAUCUCAUGCAAGGAUUCUGUAAACAUAGAUGUGGUCAUUGACUGGCUAAUCAAACAUUCCAAAACUGCAAAAUGAUCCGUCUUUUCGAUCAAUAUCUCAAUUUUUAGUCAUAGAUGUUCAAGGGGUUGAUGAAGCUUCCUUGUUGAAUACAUUCCCUUUAGCCUUAGUUGUGGUCCUUUUUUUCCACUAUGAGUAUUAGUUGUGAUACUUUUUUGUUCCCCUCACCAUGAAUUUAGUUGUGGUUCAAGAAAGAGUGCAUGUACUUUGUACAGUAAUAAAACUGUCAGAUCUCUUACCUGCAAUGAACUUAUCUUUUCAUUAAAACUA